AAAUGGAAAUUUAAGGUUUUAGAUAGUGAGAAAAAGAGAUGGAAUGAAUUAAAAAAAAAAUAGAUUGAUUAAAUGGAAAUUUAAGGUUUUAGAUAGUGAGAAAAAGAGAUGGAAUGAAUUAAAAAAAAAAUAGAUUGAUUAAAUGGAAAUUUAAGGUUUUAGAUAGUGAGAAAAAGAGAGAAAGAGAGGUGAGAAAAAAAAAACAAAAACAGAGAGGAACAUGAAGAAGAGUAAACGAGAGAACUUGCUUUCUCCUUCAUCUUCAUGGCGGGAAACCCAUAAUCCUCCCCGGAGAAACUCAAACUCCUCAGCCGUAUCCUCCGGCUGCCUCCCCGGAUUCUUCAACCUCUUCCUAUCCACCUUUAACUUCUCAUCCAACCGCCGCAAAUCCAUCACCUUGGGAUCUAAAAAGCGAGAACAGAGAACCGUCGUUUACGCUUCUCCUCCGCAAGAUUCAUCAAACGGAGACGACGGAGGAGGCAGAGGAGGAGACGAGCCACCGCUUCCGCGCAAUGAAGUAGAAGGGGAUGCGGCGAGGGUGAGUCUGGUCGGAGCACUAGAGAAAUGCGAUCGGGAUUUAGAGGAGCUCCGGAGAACCAUCGACGUGAUCAAAACCACUUACAUUCUUCACAAGACACUUGAGGUUUCUCCGCCGACAACACGUGAAAAUUUUAAGUUCUCCGGCACCGUGGCAGGAGAUGUCGUCGUGGGGACGCAAACGCAGAAGAACACGAAGACGACACAACAUGAACCAGAGGGAGACACGAUGCUGUCGAUGGUGAACCACCACGAAUAUUGCUGCAAAGACAACAAAACUUACCAAGUCAACAACAUAAAUCUAAUCACUAGCAGACCCGAUCAUUACGCUAUACAUGACGUCAUUUCUAAGAGAGCAGCGUCAACGACGACAGAGACACGUGACACCACGUUGCCCCUCGUGGUGCGGAGGGUAAGACGGACCUUGAUGGAGAGCGUUAACCAGGUCUGCGAUGACGUGGCGUCAGGUCAACGAAGAGAGAUCGCUAAGAUAGGUUUGGCUCUUCAUGAUCACAUCUGUCGCGACCUGAUCGCAGAGACCGUUCGAGAGCUCUCUUUCUCCGACUACGACAACGACGAACACGAGUUUUAUAAACCAGCGGUGGAUUCUCCUGUUAGUUACGGCGGAAGUGGUAAAAGCCGACACAUCAGACGUGGCAGCAGCAACUCUCUACCGCUAGACGCGUGUAGAAGAAGAUUAGUGUUUUGAUGUGAUUGAUGUCUUAGGUUCUCUAUGUAAUGGAUAUGGAAGUCUUAGUCGAUACAGUUUUUUACCUAUGGACACGUGUUUUAGUUUAUUUUAGCAUUUUCAAAAAUUAAGAUUGGAGAGAGUGCAGAUGAAUUUGUCUA